AUGGCUCCCAACAUUAUUGACGAAGCGCCUCACAAGAACUUCGAUACCAUACUUGUUCUCGACUUUGGCAAGUCUCAAACGAGUCAUCUGAUCCUACGUCGACUUCGAGCUCUCGGCGUCUUCGCUGAGCUGCUUCCGUGUACCACCAAGAUCGCUGAUCUGACAUGGAAACCCAAAGGAAUUGUUUUCUCUGGAGGUCCUUCUUCUGUCUACGACGAGGGCUCGCCUCAUGUUGACCCCGCUGUCUUUGACCUGGACGUACCUAUCCUGGGUAUUUGCUAUGGUUGCCAGGAGAUCGCAUGGCGGAUUGACUCGGCGAAUGUUGCUCGAGGAGAGGCGCGAGAGUACGGACAUGCCGACGUCCAGAUCACCAAGGUCAAUAGCCAUGUCGACCGGCUAUUUGCUGGUUUGGGCGAUGCCAUGCCUGCAUUUAUGUCCCACUUCGACAAGCUAGUUAGCCUGCCUACAGGCUUCGUGGUGGUUGCUGCCACCAAGAACUCAGAAUACGCCGGCAUUGCCCAUAGCGAGAAGCCGAUUUUCGGCGUCCAGUUCCAUCCCGAGCUCGAACACACACCCCGCGGAAGCGAGAUUCUCCGCAACUUCAGUGUUGAUAUCUGUGGAGCUAAACCGAAUUGGAAAAUGGGCGACUUUGUUCCAAUCGAGAUCGCUCGUAUCCGGGAGCUUGUUGGUGAUCGUGCGCUCGUCCUUGGAGCUGUUAGCGGUGGUGUCGAUAGCACUGUCGGAGCGGCCCUUAUGCGCGAAGCUAUUGGAGACCGCUUCAAAGCCAUCCUUGUCGACACUGGCUGUAUGCGUCUCAAUGAGUGCGAGGAGGUCAAGGAGACUCUCGGACACCAUCUCGGCAUUGAUCUUACAGUUGUCGAAGCCGGCGAGCUGUUUAUGACUCGCCUUGCAGGUGUCGCUGAUCCCGAAAAGAAGCGAAAGAUUAUUGGUUCAACUUUCAUCGACCUGUUCGAGAAAGAGGCUAUCAGGAUCGAGAAAGAAGCAGAGAACACCCCUAACUCAGGGCGGGUGGAAUGGUUCUUGCAGGGAACUCUAUAUCCUGAUGUUAUUGAGUCUCUGAGCUUCCGCGGGCCAUCGGCUACUAUCAAGACUCACCACAAUGUUGGCGGUCUGCCUGAGCGCAUGAUGAACGGCCAAGGCUUGCGUCUUAUUGAGCCACUUAGACUUCUCUUCAAAGAUGAAGUUAGGGCUAUUGGUCGACAGCUUGGUAUUCAUGAGUCGCUAGUCAAUCGGCACCCAUUCCCCGGCCCCGGUAUUGCUAUUCGCAUUCUCGGCGACGUUACUCAGGAGCGAGUAGAGAUCGCCCGCAAGGCCGACCAUAUCUUUAUUAGCAUGAUCAAGGAGGCCGGCCUCUACAACGAGAUUUCCCAAGCCUUUGCUGGUCUCGAUACUAACCGCAGUGUUGGUGUUUUUGGUGAUCAGCGUGUUUGGGGUUACAUCGUUAUUCUCCGUGCUGUUCGCACCAAAGAUUUCAUGAGUGCGGAAGUGUUCGACUUUGAUAACAAGUUCCUCCAGGAUGUUUCACGCACUAUUUGCAACCAAGUGGAUGGUGUGGCCCGGGUUGUCUAUGAUUUAACCUCCAAGCCCCCUGGCACUAUUGAGCUAGAGUAG